UGAACAUUUACAGACUUAUCUGUUAGAAGGAAAACAGGCAGAUAUGAUAGGUAUAAUUCUAUCUAAAGCUGGAACUUCAUCCUGGAUUGGAUAUUCACAAAGCAGAAACUAUUCAAAAUUGUAUGAAAAGAUGCUGGUGAAAUGCAUUGAACAGUGUGGCUUACAGGAAACAGAGAGUGAUGAAACCAGUUUUCUUCUGAUGUUGAAAAAUGCUGAGUUCUGGACAAACCUUCUGGAAAAGGCAGAGCAAUAUGAAUUCUUGAAGAGAAAUGUUGUCCUUAGAAAAGGUCGUUGGGCUUCUGUCCAGAUGGCACAAAAGUUGUGUACUAACACAUUGUCCCUCCUAUUUUCAAAGAAAUUACAUGCAGCAGUGAAAGAUGGUUAUUCUAAGUGUACCAAAAUGCUUUUAGUUUCUGGUACAGUCUACAAGAAAGAAGAUUUGGAUAAAGCACUGUCACUGUUGCCUGAAGCUAAGAAAAGGGCAGAAAGUGAUGAAGAAUUCAUUUCUAAUAUUUUGAACAAGCUUAAAACUCUCUUUGGGGGAAAAUGGCCUGAUUUAGAAAUUGCAUUUAGAAUGUUUCAUGAAAUGCACAAAGAAGUACAGGCGGGAACAGUAGUUGUAUCAGCUCUUCUUGAUCAUUUAUUUUGGGGCCCUUUCUGUGAUAUCCUGAGGUCUAGUGAGCUUAUUUCCAAUGUUUCAAAGUCACAAAGUUAUUGGAAAAUCUCAGAAGCUGUGAUAAACCAGUGGUUAUCAAGUCCUGGUAUAUUAGAAACAGUUAUGCCUUCUAGUCCAGAAGACGACAUUUGCCAGCUGUUUGGAGAAGACAGAAUUGAAGAUGAUAACCCUUAUGUAACUAUGAAGGUGAUGGGAUUGCUUGCUUCUGAAUGUGUAAUAGAAUAUGAAAAUAUUUGGAAGCCCCUUUUUGAUGGCUCUGAUCAAAGAAUAGGUUACAUGCGACCCCUGCUUGAUGUUGAUGACAGUCUCUCUGAACAGUCAGUAGCAGAAUGUCAUUUUGACGGGGAAGUUACAAGUUUGGGUUAAGAAAGCAGUUGAGAUGUAUGACAAAUACUUUGAGUAUUCUGCUAGAGUUGAAAUAUUGAGGAAGGUGUUGAAAAUACUUCACUUACAGGAAAUGGAGGAAACAUUUGCAGAAUCUGUACAAGCAUUUACAGCUCUUGAAGAAAAAAAUGUGGAUGACCUAACACUGAGACAGCUGUUUGAGACUGGAAUCAUAUUGAGUCAGUUAAGUGAGAUACUUCAAGGUGAACUUUCAAAUAUUUUGGAGGAACUUUCAAAAUCAUCAUUACUUGUAGACUUUCUUCGAGAGACAGCUUUGGAAGAUCUGCGUAACCUAAUUGAUGCUGUGGAGGAGCACUCAGAACAGUCUGUGCAAGAAUCAACUGUGUCUGCUCUGAUAAAUGUGAAAAGAUUUCUCAGCCCAAUACUUAGGGAAACUCCCCAUUCAGAAGUGAAACAUGUGUUGACAAUGCUGCAGAAGUCACUGACUGAUUCAAAAAUAACCAACCUGGAUCAAAAGAUUUCUGAGUGUAACACCCACCUUCACAGCCUAAAGGCUCUUUUUCAUA